GAGGAGAGUUGCAGCCGGUACACGAAGUUAGUAUAGUGAGGAGGGGGAGGCUCCCCUAUGAUGUCCCCGGCUAAUGAGGUGGCAGGAGGGGCCGGGCAGCCAUGUUGUGUGUCCCUCCAUCCUCCUGUAGCGGUCUGAGCCGCCUCCUCCUCCAUCUGCCCUCCUCUUCUUCCUCCCCAGGGAGACUGCGCGGCCCCAGCCCACCCAGACACAGCUGCCCAAGUAACGGAGCCUGCAGGAGGAGGAGGAGGAGAGUGACCUAGAGCAGGCCUCCUGCAGGUAACCAGGGCCGGAUUCCCGCCUGAGAGAGGACAGCGGACCGGGGACACAAGUUUACUGAGAGGAAAGGACAAUCAUUUACUAGCCUAGUGUGAAGAAAACGCAAGCAAGAUGCCGAAGCCGAUUAAUGUUCGAGUGACCACCAUGGACGCGGAGCUGGAGUUUGCCAUUCAGCCGAAUACAACUGGCAAGCAGCUGUUUGACCAGGUGGUGAAGACUGUCGGUCUGCGCGAAGUCUGGUUCUUCGGGCUGCAGUAUGUAGACAGUAAAGGUUAUUCAACGUGGCUAAAGCUGAAUAAAAAGGUCACACAACAAGAUGUUCGGAAAGAGAACCCUUUGCAGUUCAAAUUCAGAGCUAAAUUUUUCCCAGAGGAUGUGUCGGAGGAGUUAAUUCAGGAAAUAACCCAGAGACUAUUCUUUUUACAAGUUAAAGAAGCAAUUUUAAAUGAUGAGAUUUACUGUCCUCCUGAGACGGCUGUCCUUCUGGCCUCCUAUGCUGUGCAAGCCAAAUAUGGAGAUUACAGCAAGGAUGUUCACAAACCAGGUUACCUGGCCAAUGACCGGCUGCUUCCUCAGCGGGUUCUGGAACAACAUAAACUGACAAAAGAACAAUGGGAAGAAAGAAUACAAACCUGGCAUGAGGAGCAUAGAAGCAUGUUAAGGGAAGACUCUAUGAUGGAGUACCUAAAAAUUGCCCAGGAUCUAGAAAUGUAUGGAGUAAAUUAUUUUGAGAUUAAAAAUAAAAAGGGCACAGAGCUAUGGCUGGGUGUGGACGCAUUGGGCCUUAAUAUAUAUGAACAUGAAGACAAGUUGACACCUAAAAUAGGAUUUCCUUGGAGUGAAAUCAGGAACAUCUCAUUUAAUGACAAAAAGUUUGUUAUAAAACCCAUUGACAAGAAAGCGCCGGACUUUGUAUUUUAUGCUCCCCGUUUAAGAAUAAAUAAACGUAUAUUAGCCUUAUGUAUGGGCAACCAUGAGCUCUACAUGAGAAGGAGGAAGCCUGACACAAUUGAGGUGCAGCAGAUGAAGGCUCAGGCCAGAGAAGAGAAGCAUCAGAAACAGCUGGAAAGAGCACAGAUAGAAAAUGAAAAGAAGAAAAGAGAAAUAGCAGAGAAAGAAAAAGAGAGGAUAGAACGUGAAAAGGAUGAGCUAAUUGAACGCCUUCGACAAAUCGAAGAACAGACGCUAAAAGCACAAAAAGAGCUAGAAGAACAAACCAGAAAAGCUUUAGAGUUGGAACAGGAAAGAAAGCGAGCAAUAGAAGAAUCUGAGCGCCUAGAAAAAGAGCGACGGUCUGCAGAAGAAGCCAAGGCGGCACUGGCCAAGCAAGCUGCAGACCAGAUGAAAAACCAGGAACAGCUGGCUGCUGAACUUGCAGAAUUUACUGCCAAGAUCGCUUUACUUGAAGAAGCAAAGAAGAAGAAAGAAGAGGAAGCUUCAGAGUGGCAACAAAAAGCAUAUUCAGCACAGGAAGAUUUAGAAAAAACCAAAGAAGAAUUAAAAAGCGUGAUGUCUGUCCCACCACCUCCCCCACCCCCGCUCCCUCCACCCCCUGCAGCACCUGCAGAGAAUGAACACGAGCACGACGAGCAGGAUGAGAACAACGCUGAGGCUAGCGCAGAACUGUCUUACGACGGUGUUAUGAACCAUCGCAGUGAGGAGGAAAGGCUAACAGAAACGCAAAAGAAUGAGCGAGUAAAGAAGCAGCUUCAGGCUUUAAGUUCAGAGCUGGCUCAAGCUAGAGAUGAAACCAAGAAGACUCAGAAUGACGUCCUUCAUGCGGAGAAUGUGAAAGCUGGCCGAGACAAGUACAAAACACUUCGUCAGAUCAGACAAGGAAACACCAAACAGCGCAUCGACGAGUUUGAAGCAAUGUGAGGACACUUCAUUGCUAUACAUUCUACACAAUGCUGAAUCACCAACCUAGAAAGUAGGCCUUUGCAGACACCGACAACGGAGCGUGCCCCCCUUGCCAAAGCACUUGUACCAGUCUGACUGUGGAGGAUAGAAUUCAACAAGGCGAUCAGAAUGGCUUUUAUCUCCAUGUCUUGUCUAAUUUGUUACUCCAUAUCAAUGUAAUUCAUUUAGUUUGUCUUCUGUUUUUCUGAAAGGGUAUUCGCUUGUAAAGGUUUCAGUUUGAAUUCUAAAAGGACAUUUGAAUUUUUAAGCUUAGAACUGACAUUGCUGUUUAGAAAGUGGACAUUUUUUUUUUGCUACUUCAUAAUGUGGAAUUAUUUGUAAUAUUAUGCCCUCUUAGACUCUUAUUGUUCUCCUUUUAAAGCUCUACUACAUCUAGAGUCGGGACAUUUACAGGGCUGGAAAAGGUAAUGCUGACAGUAACUUGGCAUUAAGACGUAUCUUGUAGAAGGGGGAACGUAAAACCUUAGUGUUAGGAAUUGGGCUGAAUACUACUACUACUACCUCACAUACACAUGACUGGUCCUUGUCAUUACCAACGACAUGGUUUAUUCACUAAGAUUUACCCUAGUUUUGAUUUUUUUUUUUUUUUAUAUAUAUAUUUACUUUAAAAAAAAAUCCUUUUAUUGCUUUUCCCCGUUAGCCUGUUUAUAUUAGUUUGUAAGUAGUCACAAUAAUAUUUUUAUAGGAGACAAAUAACAAUACUAACAUUGAAGACAUGACGAGCACUAUUUUCGGUCUGUUACUUGUAUACAUUUCUGUUACACUCCUGAAUGAUAAUACUCACCAAGGCUGGGGGAAUAUUUGGAGCCUUGUUCUUGCUUAGUUAUUAUUUCUGUUGUGGUCUUCUGCCUCUUUCCAACUGUCUACUUGCUUGGACUGACUGGACUUUUAAUUUUUAAUGAAAGAACUUCAGUUUAGGUUAAACAGUGCCGUGUCUGAUUCCCCAUUUGGUGUCUGCCACUGUUCAGAACCCCAGCACCAUCAAGGUGCUUCAUGAUUUUUAGCUAAACUAUUUUUGCCACCAGCCCAAGUGUGUGUAUUUGUGUGUGUGCGUAGAAUAUAUGUGUAUAUAAGCACACAGGAGCAGGAUAUACAAUCGUGCACCCUAUUGUGGACUCCCCAUAGAAAUUUGGAGAACAUGGCUGGUGACAAAAGUAGAGGGAUGGAGAACACCUCAGUGGGGUCUGACAGUGGUGGCCCAGUGGGAAGAACAAAGACUACCCCCCCCCCACUUCCCAGAAUGUAGAAAUCUGGGUGGAGCGAUUCAUUGAUUUGUCCAUGGCUAACCUUUAUACGACGUAGCUCAAGAAGAAUUGAGCCUGGUUUGUAUACCUUAAGAAAAAGAGGUCAGGAAGUGUUGACCACAGCAUAUCAGAUUUUUGCAUGUUAUUGCUCACGAUAGGUUGCUUCUAGGAGAUCCAUUGUGCUUUAAUUACGGGUUUGAACAGCCCACAGCUCAUAUCUAAAAGCUAGGCUUCCCUGUCUUGUUUUUUUUUUUUGAUAUGUGAAUUUGUUCAGGUUGAUAGCUGUAAAGUUAGUAGUGGGGACGUUUGAAUGAAUGCUAAGCUGCUUUAUGAUGGUAUUAUGAUAUGUAAAUAAAUGGCACACGUUCAAGUGCAUCAGUCCCUGAAUCACAGUGGAAGAGCCUAUACCAUUUUUGUUCGGUAGGCCACCAGCAGCCAACCUACAAAAAUGAGCUACCAGCCACCAACAAUAGAACCUUUGCACCUUUCAAGCGGUUGGCUGCCUGUAGUACAGCCCACCAGUUAGCUGCCUCCACUGUCACAUGAAAACAGGUGCACUUUGAAAAUGGAUAGUCAUAUCUUUACAGAAAUAGGUUUUCUUCAAAAGUGCAUUUAGCAUAAACUCAAAAUAUUUUUUGAGUGGAUCUUUAUGCAGGCGAUAUUUGUUGCCCGUUUAAUCUAUUUUGAGUUUUGGCCUGAUUAGUGCCAGGCCUGUUAGUCAGGCAGUUACUUAAUGCAGCUUCAUCUUUACGCUGUCCGUUUUUUUCCUUUUAUUUUGAUUACAUGGAGUGUUCCAUUUGCAAUAGAUGCGUGUUUAAAAAAAAAGUGUACGUUUCCAAUGUAUUCAUCUGUAUUAUGUUUAUGUAAAACAAUAAGGUAUGCAAGCGGAAACGUGAAAGAUAGAGGGCGCUAAACCACACACAAAUUAAUGUGAUUUAAAAUUAACACAUGGAGUGUACACCAUAACGCAUAAAUAAACUACAAAUCAAUAAAUUUGCAGACACCUCUGCAACAUGAGUGAAAAAUCACUUAAAUCGCUGUGUUAAGGAGAAAAAAGUUAUAUUAAUCCCAAAAAUGUGCUUAAAUUUGCAGAUGGCUCUGCAACAUGAGUAAACACAAACACUAGAGUUCACUGUGUUAAGGAAAAAAAUAUAGUCCCAAUAAUGUGCAUAGAAAACAAUGAAAUCUUCUUAAUUUGCCGUGAUCUUCCUAAAUGAAGAGAAGUAAAGGGUGCCACCACCACACUUGUAUCUUCUUUUACACCCAAGGUGUGUUGUCCAUUAAAUGCUCUUACCAGAACUUGUUGACCACUUUAAUUAAAAAGUUAGUCACACAGACUUGAGCAGGAUUGUGCCUGCACACAUGAUGGUAUGGAAGAAAUAAAUACACCUCAGCUCCAGGCGUUCCAAUUGGG